CUCUCGCGCGCUCUCUCCCUCGGAAUCCGAGGCUUCCGUCGCCAUGACGAUCUCGUCCUUCUUGAGGAGAGCUUCGAGUUAUCUCCAUGGCCACCCCGCUUGCUUCAAGGCUUUGGUUCUCGUCACUCUCAGUAGCGGAAGUUUAGUAGCCUAUUCAGAUUCUCAGUCAGAGACAGAUCGAGUCAGUCGUGACCUAAAUCAGAAGGAGCAAAAGAAGAAGAAAGUGGUGGUGCUUGGAACUGGAUGGGCUGGUACUAGUUUCCUCAAGGAUAUAGAGGUUUCAUCUUACGACGUUCAGGUUGUUUCGCCCAGGAACUACUUUGCAUUUACGCCUUUGUUACCUAGUGUUACGUGCGGAACAGUUGAAGCAAGGAGUAUUGUGGAGCCAGUUAGAAAAAUAAUAAAGAAGAGAAAUGGAGAAAUUGAGUUUUUUGAAGCUGAAUGUGUGAAGAUUGAUGCUGCAAAUAAUAAAGUUCUAUGUCACUCUAAUCUGGAUGAAAACUUGGGAGGAAAUGGGGAAUUCUCUCUGGAUUAUGAUUACUUGGUCAUAGCAGUUGGAGCACAAGUAAAUACUUUUAACACCCCAGGUGUAAAGGAGAACUGUUACUUCCUGAAGCUUGUGCAUGUCAUGCAGGAAGUGGAGGAUGCACAGAAGAUCCGUGCUAGUGUAAUAGAUUGUUUUGAAAAGGCCGUCCUUCCGGGCUUGAGUGAAGAAGAUCGAAAAACAUUUCUUCAUUUUGUGAUUGUUGGGGGAGGUCCCACAGGUGUUGAAUUUGCUGCGGAGCUGCAUGACUUUAUACAAGAAGAUCUCAUAAACAUCUAUCCAAUGGUCAAGGACCUAGUUCGGAUAACGCUGGUCCAAUCAGGAGAUCACAUCCUGAACAUGUUUGAUGAAAGAAUCAGCUCAUUUGCUGAGCAAAAGUUCCAAAGGGAUGGCAUUGAGGUCUCUACUGGUUGUCGGGUUCUCGGUGUUUCAGAUAAGUCGCUUUCUGUGAAGAUGAAAUCCGGAGGAGAGGUUUACUCAAUUCCCCAUGGAUUAGUUGUUUGGUCAACUGGUAUAGGGACUCGUCCAGUGGUGAGGGACUUCACGGAACAAGUUGGUCAGGGUAAUAGGCGAGUUCUUGCAACUAAUGAAUGGCUACGGGUGAAGGGCAGUGAAAAUGUAUACGCCCUAGGUGAUUGUGCUACUAUAGACCAACGUAAAAUAAUGGAGGACAUCUUAAGCAUAUUCAAGGCUGCAGACAAGGAUAACUCUGGCACUUUAACUAUUGAUGAAUUUCAAGAUGUUGUGGAUGAUAUCCUCGUACGGUAUCCCCAAGUAGAACUAUACUUAAAGAGCAAGCAUUUGAUGGAUGUAACAGAUCUGCUGAGAGAUCCAGAAGGCAAUCAGAGAGAAAGUGUAGAUAUUGAAGGAUUCAAAUCGGCCCUUUCUCUUGUAGAUUCACAAUUGAAGAGUUUGCCAGCCACUGCACAGGUCGCUGCUCAACAAGGAGCUUAUCUUUCAAGGUGCUUCAACAAGAGACAGCAGUGUCAAGAACAUCCUGAAGGUCCCAGACGUUUUACUGGUUCUGGGCACCAUCGUUUUCGUCCUUUUCGGUACAAGCAUUUUGGGAAGUUUGCUCCUUUGGGAGGAGAGCAAGCUGCUGCAGAACUUCCUGGAGACUGGAUAUCUAUGGGUCAUAGUACUCAGUGGCUCUGGUAUUCUGUAUAUGCGAGCAAGCAAGUAAGCUGGCGCACACGGAUGUUGGUUGUAUCUGAUUGGACACGAAGAUUUAUUUUCGGAAGAGACUCAAGCCGUAUUUGAGCUGACAAAUGAAACGUGUAAAUAAUGUUGAGAACCAAAGCAAUGUCACUGAUAGACAUGGAAGACUGCUUUUGGCUUCUCCUUCCAGGUGUGAUUGGCCAUGUAAUCUUCUCUCUUUCUGCAAGUCAAUGUGAGGUGAAAGCAUGGCACUUAAAACAUGUCAUGUAGUACAUCAAAAGUAUCUUCUGAUGAUGCCGAAAAGUUUAGCGGAAUGCACUCAGAAAAAGGGGCUCAUUGUGUUUGUGCAACGCGUUGUAUUGUUUUUGUUCAUUUUAACAUUGGAUUCUCGGUGAUCUUGGCUAGUUGACUGAAUCUGUGGAGUCAUGCUACCAUAUAAAGUCAGGAGUAUUGCUUGAGAACUGGAUACGAGGACCAGUAAAAUUCCAGACAAAUAUGGUAAACUGCUACAUUCCUUCUUUUAAGUUGAGACAUUUCUAAA